AUGGCGUCGCCAGAUGUUGCCGUCCCGCAGGUCAACGGCCUUUCUGCCUCGCCUCACCCUGGCUCUCCGCAGUCGAUCAAUUCUUCCACAAAGCGGAAACGCGAUGUCAGCGACGAUGGCUCCGCUGCGGAGGAGAACGUCACCGACGAGGCCAAGCCGGCAGUCAACGGCAAUCACCUCCACCGUGAUCAGAAAACGCUUAUUCGCAAUUACUUGGAAGUAGUGAAGAGAUACGAUGUCAACCCUUCUAUUCUAAAGCGACCGAUCCCCGAGCCAGCUAAUGCCGAAGAGCCAGAGGCGAAACGGCAAAAGUCCGACGAUGGUACCAAACCGUUAUCUAUCGAAGAUAAGGUACUACAGGAUGAGUACGAGGUCCUCGACGAUGUCUUCCUUGACAUCAGAGCGGUCGUCAAGGAUCGGAUCGCGGAAUUGCAGUCAAGUAGCUCCAAUGAGAGCGUCAAAGACAGUGACGCGGCUAUCGUCGACACGAACAAGUUCAGAGAUAAGGCUCAUGAAUUGUAUCGUCGCGAGAGUGCGUACCCGAAGUCGAUAGUUGAGCCAUCUCUAUCUGCAUCUGGUGAUGUGGGAGAUGCACUUCACCCUUCAUCCACCGGCAGUGUUGUUCUCACCGUCUAUGGCAACGCUCCACAGCCCAAGCAUCUUUUCUCAAGCUUGCAGAAGCGCACAGCGACUCCAGAUCAUCCCGAAGGAGUUACGCGGCCCCUUCCUCCUGUUGCUCUACCAAAUGGAAUCACGACAACAGUAGUGGUCCCGUCAGACUCACUGCCGAAAGGUGGCCGCACCUUGACUCUUGGUGAACUCUUCCCAGCCCCUCGCAACCUGCCGCCGCUGCAACCACCAAAGGCCCCGAAGAGUACCACGAAGAGCAACAUACUCGGAUUUUACCAUCCAGAAUUAAUGGUCAAGCCUAAGUAUCGAUCUGACACGUAUUAUUCUCAAAACAUAUCUACAGGACACUGGCUCGAUUACAGUAAUGCGACUCCGUCUUCACAAAAUAAGACGAAACAACGUGAACGCGCUCAGAGUCUAGCUGGACAUAAGCCGUCAUCUGAUGAACUGGAGAUGUCGGAGAUGGAGGCUUUGUUCCGAGGUGCCUUCUCUAGUUUUGCUCCUUCUAAGGAUGAUUCUGCUGCAAUUGUCCCGUCUGGUCAACUCGGGCGUAUGUGGUGGCAGCGCUUCGGCCAGCGAAGUUUUCAGAGAAUGAUCGAGCUGGAAACACCAGAGAGUGAGCUUGAGGAACCGAAAGACGCAGAUGCCGUGACCCCUCUCCCGAUUGAUGAGGACCUGAUCCAGAACGCAAUUGAGGAGUGGGAUCCCAGCGUUGUUGACCCUGGCUUGGAAGAGGUCAUGGGCAAGAAAACAGCUCAUGAGAGUGACGUCGACGAACUCCUCCAGGAAGUGUCCGACCUCAUUGAGACGCUUUCAUCUUAUCAAAGAAACCGCAAUCUCACACUUCCGACCAGCCAGAAUCGCUACUCUGCAGACCCUGUCAACGGAGAUAUGCUUGCGAACGGCACUCUUGCUCAGCAGCCAUCAGAAGAAGAAAUUGCCACAUACGAUAUUCUUAAAGCUCAGCUGGCUUUGAUCAUAAAGCAACUGCCACCAUAUGCAGUUGCCCGACUCAACUCGGACAAGUUGGAAGAUCUCAAUCACAACGCACAGGAAGCAUCUCGAGUCCUGGACAAUACACGAAUCAAUUUGGUCGUCAAUACCCGAUGCACAGCCAUAGUCCCGUCCCUGUGCCUCAGCAGUAUUAUCCGCAGACUCCAGCCCGUCCUCCGGCUGGGAACAACUUUCAACGGCCUGUCGCAGGAGCGAUGCCUGGAGCUCAGUCUCAACCACGGGCUCCAAUGCCUCAGGGUUACAGACCUCCGAAUGGAUAUCCAGCAGCCACCUAUGCGCAGCAGCUUGGGAAGCCACAGACACCGUACGGCAACAAUAUGCCGCAAUACCAAGCUGCACAAAGCCAACAGCGCAUUGCUCAACACCCCGGAUACGGUGGUGCGGCAACUCCUGGCACUCCUGGUCAACGAUACACGCCCGGAUAUCCAAGUUACGCCCCGCAACAAACUCCACAAGGUGUGCCGCCACAGCGCCAGCCAGGAUAUCCGCAAUAUGCUAACGGCGCCAUGCCUUCUCGCACAAUGUCUCCGCAAGUUGGCGCCCAGCAUCCCGCGGCAUAUGGCCAAUCUCCGCAACCACAUACACAGCUCAAUCGAACACCAUCGUUUAGCACUCCGAGUCAACAGGGAGGUGCUCCGGAUUCCGGAAGACGAUAUUCAUCUCAUUCAUCUCAAGGAGGCACACAGGGCGCGCAGAUAUCGGGUUAUCACACCGUUAUGUCUGAUGCUCAGCAUCAACGUUCUGUUGAGAAUGCCAGAUUACAAGCUCAAGCUCAUCAGCAAGCCACACAGUCGCAAGCACAAACGCAAGCACAGGCCAUAG